AUGGAUGCUAAGGAAUUGAGCCUAGUCUCGGAUUUGGUACUCCCUCCGAAGUUCAAAAUAUUGGAGUUUGAGAAAUACAAUGAAACCAGUUUCCCUGAGGCUCAUAUUACAAUGUUUUGUCGGAGGAUGACUGGACAUGUCAAUAAUGAUCAGUUAUUGAUUCACUGUUUCCAAGACAAUAUAGCGCCUGACAGAAUCACGUUACAGAACAUAGAGAAAAAGUCAAAUGAAAGUUUCAGGCAAUACACUCAGAGAUGGAGGGAGGCACCUUUUAUUAAUCACAUACUGGGGAGUGCGACUAAGAGUUUGGCGGACAUAGUGAUGUCCGGUGAAAUGAUAGAGAAUGCAAUAAGGUGUGGAAAGAUAGAGGCUGGGGAAAGCAUUAGGAGGUCGGCCCCAAAAAAGAGAGAAAAUGAAGUCAGUAAUGUAAGCAUGGGUUAUACAAAACCAAUUACGGUAAACCAGCCGAAAGCGGUAGCCACGGGCCAGCAAGCUUCGUCAAGGCAAGAGCCCAAUACAAAGCAGAACAUGGAGAAGCCCCAGUUUACUCCCAUUCCAAUAACAUAUCGAGAGCUGUACAAAAGUAUGUUCGAUGCACAUGUUGUAUCCCCGUUUUACUUAAGACCGUUGCAACCCCCAUUCCCCAAGUGGUACAAUACAAGUGCCCAAUGUGAAUAUCAUGCGGGAAUCAUGGAACACUCGAUAGAGAACUGCACCUAUUUUAAAAAGGUAGUCGAAAGACUUAUCAAAAUGGGUGUUGUGAAAUUUGAUGAUGCACUUGAUAUAGGAAAUCCUUUACCCAACCAUAUUGAUCAUGAGGUAAACGUGAUAGUCGAGAAUAUGGAGAGGAGAAUUAAGUUGGAUAUGGCAGAAGUAAAAACCCCGAUGAGGGAGGUUUUGAAAAAGAUGGUGGAGAGAAGUUUAAUCAUGCGAGAUUUUGGGAGCAAAUCCCGAGAAGUAAGGAACUAUUGUAAGUUUCAUGGAGAGGAGGACCAUGAGAUUGAAACAUGCAAUGAAUUCAGAGCCCUGGUGCAGGGUCUAAUGGAUAACAAAGAGCUGGAGUUCUUUGAAUUUGCUGAGGAGGAAGAUGUAAGCACCUCGGAGGAGGGGCUGAUAGAAAGGGUCUGUGAGGUCAGCCACCCAGUGCUGAUCAUUUCACGACCGAGAAUCAAUGAAUUUGGAGCAAGAAUAGGGCCAAGAGUUUUGAUUCAGAAACUCGUGACUUUUCCUUAUAAUGAUAGGAAAAUGGGGGAAGAGGGGACAAAACCACUGGUUAAUGAACCGGUAACUGAGGAUGAAGCUAAAAAAAUUUUGAAGUUCCUAAAACACAGCGAGUAUAGUGUUGUGGAACAGUUACACACGCAGCCAACACGCACAUCAGUAUUAGCUCUGCUCCAAAGUUUAAUGGUACAACGAAAUGCGUUGAUGAAUGUGUUGAACGAAACCUAUGUCGCUGAAGACAUUUCAGUGAACAAGCUAGAUCGUCUUGUCAGCAACAUAAGCGCUGAUAACUUUAUCUCAUUUAGUGAUGAUGAAAUACCACCAGAGGGUUUGGGAUCCACCAAGGCUUUACACAUUACCACUCGCUACAAAGGGUAUACAUUUCCGAGGGUAUUAAUUGAUAAUGGAUUAACGUUGAAUGUUUUGCCCUUGUCCAUAUUGAAUAGGUUGCCAAUAGAUAGCUCUCAUAUGAAGAUAUGCCAGAAUAUAAUGAGGGCAUUUGAUGGCACUGAGAGGAAAGUGAUGGGAAGGAUUGAGGUACCUUUGCUAAUCAGACCAAACACAUACGAGGUAGAUUUUCUUGUGAUGGAUAUUACGCCUUCUUAUAAUUACUUGUUAGAGAGGCCUUGGAUUCAUUCGGCGAAGGCAAUACCGUCAUCGUUGCACCAAAAGCUAAAGUUGGUGACAGAGGGCUGGUUGAUAACGAUAAAUGCGGAGGAAGACAUUAUUGCAUCCGCUACCAGUAAUGCACUGUAUAUAGAAUAUAAUGAUGAAGCAGUUGAGUGUUCCUUUCGGUCAUUAGAAUUUGUCAAUGCGACUUUUAUCAUCGAAGGAAAGAGGAUCCCUAGGGCAAAAAUAUCCGAGGCCACGAGGAUGGGCUUGCAACUUACAGUUGGAAAAGGGGCGUUGCCUGGUAGAGGACUUGGGAAAUAUUUACAUGGACGGGUUGAAGUGCCAAUUUUGGCUGACAAGCAAGAUCAUUUUGGUUUAGGGUAUAGGCCAGAUGCAAAGCAGAAAAUAAGGGAGAUGGAAAUGAGACAGGAGAGACGAAGAGCAUGA